AGAAGCGUGCCUCCGACAAUAAGGUGCGCUGUGCAUACAGCGAGCGGAGCCGGAUCUGCUGCUCUGUGUGUGUUCGCGGGCUCCCGGAGCCAUCCGACAAUGCCGGGUCCAUGGUGCCUCCCCGGAGCGGAGCUCAGCUAGAGCCUGCACAGAGCCCGGCCAGACGGAGACGACCAGCUGGUGCCUUGGGAGAUGGGAAACCACGUAGAGAAACUGACCCACCUAAGUUAUAAAGAAGUGCCCACCGUGGACCCCACGGGGGUGGACAAGGACGACGGACCCAGGAUAGGGGUCUCCUACAUCUUCUCGGCUGAUGACGACGACCUGGAGGACCCGGUGCAGGUUCCUGACAAGCAGGGAACCCUACAGGAGGAUCUGCAGUACGACCACUGCAACGAGGUGGAGUGCUCGGUCUACUACAGGGAUGAGUGCAUCUACGAGAAGGGCUUCGGCUCCGAGGAGCAGCUGACCACCUAUUCCCCGGAGAACCUUCUGAACAAAUGCAAGCCCGGUGACCUGGUGGAGUUUGUCACAAAGAACCAGUACCCCCACUGGGCAGUGUACGUGGGGGACUUUCAGGUGGUGCACUUAUUCAGGCUGGAGAUCACCAACAGCUUCAUGACUGAGGCCAGCCAGGGCAGGAGGGGCAGGAUAGUGAACGGCCAGUACAAAUUCAAACCCCUCAGCCCGGAGAUGGUGGUCCAGAACGCCAUGGAGCAAGUAGGGACCAAAGACCAGGAGCUCAGCUGGAGGAACUCUGAGUGCUUUGCCGCCUGGUGCUGCUACGGCAAGAGGGAGUUUAAGAUUGGCGGGGAGAUCAGGAUAGGCAAGCAGCCCUACAGGCUGAAAAUCCAGCUCUCGGAAAAGAAAUGCCACACGCUGGAGUUUCAGAGCCUGGAGGACCUGAUCAUGGAGAGGAGACGGAACGAUCAGAUCGGCAAGGCGGCCGUGCUGCAGGAGCUCUCCAACCACCUGCACGGGGAUGACGAGGUCAGGACCGAUCAUAACGCUAACUGACGGAUUAAAACUGAAGGCUGCGAAAUUGAGCUGUUCUAAGCCCUUCAGGCGGUUUUCAGGGGCGGUUUAAUUCACAUCACAUGUGAAAGGAAAGCUGAUGAUUAUUUCAGCUUGACAUUAACCCUCUCCUCAGCCCAGCCUUCCUCCUCUACUGGUUUGCUGUAGAGACAGGUUUACAGUUUUUUUGUGUUUAGAGCCAAUGAAUAGCUUUAUAAAGGGGUGUAGGUUAUCUGAUCACAUUUCAAAUGCCAAUCACGUUGAUAUAUUUUUCUGUACUGAGUGAUUUAAUUCCUGCAUCGUGUACCUGAGCACUAUGCAU